AAAAACAGAGACUUUUUUUAUUUUUUUUUGAUAAACAAAAACAGAGACUUUUGGCUGAGAGUGAGUGAGGGAGAUUCAUUUAUCUUAAAAACUCGUACAAAAAAAAAAAAAAAAAAAAAAAAAUCCCAACAAAAUAAUUGAAACCCAGAAAUUGAAUUCAUUGAAAUAUGAGUUCUUCAAAGACAGUGAGGAAAUUGCAGGUGGUGUCUCCAGUCCCAGCUGACAUAGACAUAGCCAACUCGGUUCAGCCUCUCCACAUCUCUGAGAUUGCCAACGAACUCAAUCUCAGUCCCAACCACUAUGAUCUUUAUGGCAAAUACAAGGCCAAGGUUUUGUUAUCUGUGCUUGAUGAGGUUAAAGGAUCUAAAGAUGGGUAUUAUGUGGUGGUUGGAGGGAUUACUCCUACUCCUCUCGGAGAAGGCAAGUCAACUACUACUGUUGGGCUCUGUCAAGCAUUGGGAGCUUUUCUUGAUAAAAAGGUCGUUACCUGCCUUCGUCAACCAUCACAAGGACCUACUUUUGGAAUCAAAGGGGGUGCAGCAGGGGGUGGUUACAGUCAAGUGAUCCCAAUGGAUGAGUUCAAUCUUCACCUAACAGGAGACAUUCAUGCAAUAACAGCUGCAAACAAUCUUCUAGCUGCUGCCAUUGAUACCCGGAUUUUCCAUGAGUCAACCCAAUCAGACAAGGCCCUCUUAAACCGUUUAUGUCCACCAAACAAAGAAGGAAAACGAAGCUUUAGCGACAUCAUGUUUAGACGUCUGAAGAAGCUUGGUAUCUCAAAGACCAGGCCCGAGGAGCUUACACCACAAGAAGUCAAAAAAUUUGCUAGGCUUGAUAUUGACCCUAAUUCGCUCACAUGGAGGAGAGUAAUGGACGUAAAUGACCGGUUCUUGAGGAAGAUUACUAUUGGCCAGGGUCCUGAAGAGAAGGGGAUGGUGAGAGAAACAGGAUUUGAUAUUUCAGUAGCUAGUGAAAUCAUGGCAGUUUUGGCCCUGACAACAUCCCUAGCUGAUAUGAGACAGAGGCUUGGGAAUAUGGUGAUUGGAAAUAGCAAGGCUGGUGACCCCGUAACUGCCGAUGAUCUUGGAGUUGGAGGUGCUUUGACUGUGCUAAUGAAAGAUGCUAUUAACCCCACUUUAAUGCAGACUCUUGAGGGAACCCCAGUUCUUGUUCAUGCUGGUCCUUUUGCUAAUAUUGCACAUGGGAAUUCUUCUAUUGUGGCCGAUAAGAUUGCACUAAAACUGGUGGGACCUGGAGGGUUUGUGGUCACAGAAGCAGGUUUCGGGGCUGAUAUUGGAACUGAGAAGUUCAUGAACAUAAAAUGCCGAUAUAGUGGUUUAACACCUCAGUGUGCUGUUAUUGUGGCAACGAUAAGGGCUUUGAAAAUGCAUGGUGGUGGGCCAGAAGUUAUUGCUGGGAAGCCUCUUGAUCAUGCCUAUUUAAAUGAGAAUGUUGCUCUUGUUGAAGCAGGUUGCGUGAAUCUUGCCAGGCAUAUCUCAAACACAAAGGCUUACGGUGUGAAUGUCGUUGUUGCUGUGAACAUGUUCUCUACCGAUUCUGAGGCAGAGCUCAGUGCAGUCAGGAAUGCAGCGCUGGCUGCUGGGGCAUAUGAUGCUGUGAUUUGUACUCAUCAUGCCCAUGGUGGAAAAGGAGCGGUUGACCUUGGGAUUGCAGUUCAAAAAGCCUGUGAGAAUGUCACACAACCAUUAAGGUUUUUAUAUCCGUUGGAUACUGGUAUCAAAGAGAAAAUAGAGGCAAUAGCAGGGUCAUAUGGUGCCAGUGGUGUUGAAUACUCAGAGCAGGCUGAGAAGCAGAUUGAGAUGUACAGCAAGCAAGGGUUUUCUGGUCUGCCAAUCUGCAUGGCAAAAACCCAGUAUUCCUUUUCGCACGAGGCCUCUAAGAAAGGAGCCCCAACUGGAUUUACCUUACCAAUAAGGGAUGUGAGAGCUAGCAUUGGAGCUGGAUUCAUUUAUCCUUUAGUUGGGACAAUGAGUACAAUGCCGGGGCUCCCAACAAGGCCUUGCUUCUAUGACAUUGAUCUUGACACAGCCACUGGAAAGGUUAUUGGUCUCUCUUGAAGCUCAACAAACAUGUCUCAUAAGGCAGCCUUUUUCAAAGUUUGUUUUAAAAUGUCAAAGUGACAUUACAUUCUCUUACCUUUUUUUUUUUUUUUUUUUUUUUUUUUUUUUUUUUUUUUUCAACGUUCUGUACGACUAAAUAAUGCAACUUCAACUUCUGGAGUGUGAAAUAAAAAUUCUUGUUUUUUGUGCC